AUGAUUGAACCAGUUACUAUUUCAGCACAGGAGAUCCCUAGCAAGCAGCUAGAGGUAUCUACCCCACAAAAUCAUGAAGAACACCAGUAUCUCGACCUAGUAAGGGAGAUUCUCGACGAAGGGGAGCACCGGCCUGAUCGCACCGGAACAGGCACAUUCUCGAUCUUUGCACCCCGGCCAUUGAAAUUCUCCCUCAAUAAGGAUGGAACCCCCGUUCUCCCGCUGCUUACAACCAAACGCGUGUUUACCCGAGCCGUCAUCGCAGAGCUGCUGUGGUUCAUCGAGGGAAACACAUCGUCACUUGCGUUAAGUGAAGCCGGCGUCAAGAUCUGGGAUGGUAAUGGGUCUCGUGAAUUUCUCGAUAGCGUCGGCUUAUCGCACCGUGCCGUGGGUGACUUGGGCCCCGUGUACGGCUUCCAGUGGCGACACUUUGGCGCGGAGUACGUCGAUGCGAAGACCGAUUAUACCGGGCAGGGCGUCGACCAGCUGGCGGAAGUGAUCCACAAAUUGCGGACAAACCCGUACGAUCGACGGAUCAUUCUCAGUGCCUGGAACCCUCGGGACAUACGGAGCAUGGCGCUACCACCCUGCCACAUGUUCGCACAGUUUUACGUCUCCUACUCGAGGAAGAAGGGUGAGAACCAGGAUGGCGAGAAGCCACAGGGUCAUCUACACUGCCAGCUAUACCAACGAUCUUGUGACAUGGGCCUGGGUGUCCCUUUCAAUAUCGCCAGCUACUCUCUGCUGACGCACAUGAUCGCCCACGUGUGUGAUCUCGUCCCGGGUAGCCUCACGCACGUCAUGGGUGACGCCCACGUGUACGCCGACCAUGUGGACGCCCUGAAGGUGCAGCUCGAGCGCGAGCCACGAGAGUUCCCUGAGCUUGAGAUUAGUCGGGAAAAGGGCGGCAGUAUCGAUGGGUGGAAGAUCGAGGACUUUGUCAUCAAGGGAUAUAAUCCUCACAAGACGAUUGCCAUGAAGAUGUCUGUAUAA